CCAGGCUUUGAACACAUAACUGAUCUGAGCUUUUUCCCGUCCGAUGGUCGAUCGUUUAGUUUGUGUGUUUGUGUUAGAAUCAGAAGCUUCAGCAGUAACGGGUGGUAGAAGCCAGUGAAGGCAAAGCUACACACUAACACGUGUGACGGAGAAAUGUCACCUUGUAGAAGUCACGCCAGCGCUUACGUCUAGACGUCCAUCGCCAGUGGAACUUUGAAGUAAAUGUUAGAACACCGUAGGAGCGAACAGUGCAUGGUAUAAAGAAACACACAGGACAAGACGUUCGGACAAUGGGACGUCACGUGGCUCUGGACAAACUGUGUUAACUGAAGGAAGCUGAGGUGUCUCUGACAGCAGGAAGAGUUGACCGGUCAGCCGCUCUGAAGGCGAGUCACACAGGGUCAAAGGUUAGAGGCCGUCAUGCAGACUAUAAAGUGUGUGGUUGUAGGUGAUGGUGCCGUGGGGAAGACCUGUCUCCUCAUCUCCUACACCACUGGAGCUUUUCCCAAAGAAUACAUCCCCACUGUGUUCGACAACUACAGCAGCCAGGUGACAGUGGACGGCAGGAUCAUCAGUCUGAACCUGUGGGACACGGCGGGUCAGGAGGAGUACGACCGGCUGAGGACGCUGUCCUACCCACAGACCAACAUCUUCAUCAUCUGCUUCUCCAUCUCCAGCCCGGCCUCCUACGAGAAUGUCAAACACAAGUGGCAUCCAGAGGUGUCUCACCACUGUCCCGGCGUUCCCAUCCUCCUAGUGGGUACAAAGAGCGACCUCCGAGCCGAUGCGGAGAUCCAGAAGAAGCUGAAGGACCAGAACCAGACAGCCGUCACCCACCAACAGGGCACCGCUCUUGCCCGGCAGAUCCAAGCCGUGCGCUACCUGGAGUGCUCUGCCCUCAACCAGGACGGCAUAAAGGAUGUGUUCACUGAGGCCGUGAGAGCCUUCCUCAACCCACAGCCCAGCGUGACCAAGAAGGCCUGUGUCCUGCUGUAGACAAGGAUCAGACAAGGCCUGAGAGACUGAAGCACACCUCUUUUUAUGUUCACUUAGAAUUAUUUUAAGAAUUUGAAACCAUCUAAAAUGUAACGUUUGGGCACAGACGCUCGUCAUCGACACAGAAUGCUUUAAUUUGAAGUUGAUGCUCGUCUGUGGAAGGAGGGUCUGAACUGGACAAACCCACACUUAGGCUUUUAGGCCUCAUUCCCAAAGUUGCCUAGUGACAGAGUGUCUCUGUGUGAUAUCCCAUCAGCCACAUGUGACCCAGAGGAAACGCUGAUGACUCAGACUACAAACCUGCAAAGCUGUAGUGAAAAACAAGUUUGAGCUUAUCUUUGCUCAGUAAAUCUUGGAAAACGUGUUUAAUGAGUCAACGAAAUUUCACUUUCACAAAUAAAUGUCUAAGGUUAAAAGUC